AUGCUCAAUCUUGAAUCGUUUGACUUGUCCUCGCUGUUCUCGGUAGAGGGCAAGACUGUAGUUGUGACGGGCGGAGGUUCGGGACUCGGAAAAGCCAUCGCCGGCGGCUUUGCGUUCAACGGUGCAAGAGUCUACAUUGUGGGAAGGAGGGCUCAGGUCCUGGAGUCUGCGGCAGCCGAGAUCAACGCGUUGAGACUGGCGGGCGAUGUCGGCUCUAAAGACAAGGUCGAUGAGGUCGUAACUGCGCUCGAAAAAUUCGAGGACCAUGUCGAUGUUUUGAUCAACUGCGCGGGAGUGAAUCGAGCCUGGAAAGAAGAGGCUGCAAAGUUCGACAAUCAACACAACGAUCCCGAUGCUGUCGAGAAGCUUUUAUGGCAGGGAAUGGACGAUAACGAGUUCCAGUCGACUUAUUCCAUUAAUGUUAACGGUGUCUACUUCUUCAGUACGAGGAUGGUCCCUCUCCUGCGAAAGGGAACAGCUCCUACAGUCAUCGUCAUUGCUUCCAUCGCGGGAUUGAUGCUACAGAGGCAGGUCAUCUCGUCGCUUGUUGCCUUUCAUGCUGACAUCGAGCAGGACAGUCGGAGCGUUGUCAUACCCCAUUUCCAAGGUGAGCUCAGCCGGGUCGAUCGGAUCGCUGAGGACCAGGCUGCCUCUCUUCAUUGUGCAAGUCUGCUAGCCUCGAGGUUUACACCUUUCAAAAUACGGGUCAACACGAUCCUCCCUGGUAUCUUCCCGUCCGAAAUGACCGGAGUCUCUGCCAAACCUGAUCUGAGUGAUCUCAUUGAGUCCAACCCUCAAGCAGCAAGGGCUGUGGCUCGAAGCCCAGCUGGCAGAGCCGGGGCGGAAACCGAAAUAGUCGGGCCUUGUCUGCUUCUGGCAUCGGCUGCGGGAGGAUACAUGAAUAACGCUAGGUUAACCGUAGACGGCGGACGUUUGAUGUCGGCUGGAUCGAACGACGGCGUUCGGAUGGAGGACUGGACGUACGUUUAG